CAGGGACACGAUAUUAAAUAUUGAGAGUCAGAGAGGACAGUCCAAUCGGUCUGAUAUCAUACCAUGCAAGUGUGCGCUACCACAUUGAGCGGACAGCCUAAAGUAGUUGACUGAGCAACGGUGUGCACAUUUACUGAGGAUCGUGAAGAACUUACAAGCUCAAAGGACUUUGAGACUGCAAAGUGAAGUGCUUUUGUUCGUGACUGCAUAUGGACAGGACCAUCUAAACUUUUCACUCUACGCUAAGAGAGACACACAGCAAUAACUGAAGCAUUUUCUGUAAAGAAGAGUCAACAACAUGACAUCCGCCAAAGAGCAACUGGAUGAGCUCUGCUAUCUCACGGCUCAGUCCCUGACUACGCUCAAGACGUCAGAGCACUUCAAGCUUAUCAAGCUUCUGGGACAGGGGUCGUACGGGAAAGUCAUGCUGGCCGUGCACAAGAAAAGAGGGACGCCCAUGGCUCUGAAGUUCUUCCCUCGUGCGGGCACGUCCCUGCAGGCCUUCCUGCGGGAGUACAACCUCUCCCUCGCCUUCUGCACCCACCCGUCUCUCAACCGGGCCCUUGGCAUCUUCUACUCCACGCCGGGCUACUAUGUCUUUGCACAACAGGCUGGACUGUACGGCGACCUCUACGAUGUCAUUUUGUCAAAGGAUGGCUUGGGUGAGGAGUGCACUCAGAGAGUGAUGUCUCAGCUCAGCGGGGCCGUGUCCCACCUCCACUCCCUGGGCUUCGUGCACCGCGACAUCAAACCGGAGAACGUCUUCCUGUGUGACGCCAAGUGCCGCUGGGUGAAGCUGGGCGACUUUGGCCUGGUGAAGCCGCGGGGCUCGGAAGUCUACGCCGUGUGGUACGACUCGCCCUUCUGCGUGCCCGAGGUAGCCGAGGCCAAGCGGCUGAAGAAGAAGAGUGAAGAGGAAGAGGAGAAGGAGGAGGAGGAGGAGGAAGAGGAGUUUUGCAUAACCGUGGAGCCCAGUUUGGACAGCUGGGCCCUGGGCGUGCUGGUCUUCUGCCUCCUGACUAGCUGCUUUCCCUGGGAGGAGAGCACCAAGGACGAUGCCUCCUACCGAGCCUUCAAGAGGUGGUUCGACCACAUGGCAGAGAGGAGCGCGGAGGUGGGGGAAGACAUUGACUGCUACGAGCGCAUCGCGCCGUUCUUUUCCCAUUUCAGCCCACUCGCCCUGUCCCUCUUCAGGCAACUAUUGAACCCAGAGCCCACGCUGAGGGCAGCGGUGGACGAGAUCCCAGGCUACCUGGGUGGGCCCUGGCUCCUAGAGACUGAGAAGGAGGAGAAGAGGAAAGCCGAGCAGGCCCAGAUGGAGGCCAGGAAAGUAUCAGUUGGAGGGGUCAUCCAGGAGAAGGAACGGGAGGGCAGAGGAGAAAGAUAAAUGGUUUACUCUACUAUAUAUAGUGUUAUUUAUUGUCUCGUGCGGUGUGUAGGAAUUAUUGUAUAGGCUGAGAUGACAAGAAACAAACAGACGGAGAUGUAUAAACAAAUGAGUUUAUUUGUAAAACGGUGUAUCUCCAUUUUGUAUAAUGUUGGGAAAUUGUCAUUUUUGUAUUGGGCAUACCAUUGCAUUGCAUUGCGAAAUGCAUUUUACAUACUAGGUUUAAAAAGUAUGUUCUCCAAAUAUUUGAAUGGCAAGAAUUCACACAUAGUCAUUUCUGAUAAUAAAAUGCAAAAGUCAAGAAUGGUGGAUACACCGUUUUGCAACAAAACUCUUCAAAUGUACAUGUAGCAAGUGAAUACUGAAUAAUAGCCUUGUGUAAAGUUGCUGAGUGGAACUUUAUUGUAUAUAUUUUUAUUCAAACCAUUAUGCCAUGUUCCCAUGCAGAAAGCGAGGACAGAAUUGAGGAGUUUACUUGACAUUACUUUACUUAAUCGUCCGGAGAACCAUGAUGUGCUGAAUUGGACAAACUGUGUAUGGCAUGUGACCUGUAGGCUUGGGUUAGACCUGGUCUCUUGGGUUAGUCCCAAAUCACCAUCUGUAGCUUUCCCCUGCCUUAUAAAAAUGACAUGUAUCUUAGUCUCUAGUUUUUAUAGAGAUGGAUAUAGUAUACUUCAUCAGAAAACACUUUAACUAGUUUGGGUAACCGGGACUGAUAUCACGUGUAUACAGAAAUAAAUAUAGGUCAGGUGAGAACUGCUGUAAGAUGAUGCUUUCUUACAACUCUACCUCAGUUGUUUGGCUUGGGGAACUGUCUGUGUAUAUGUGGAUGUGUUAUUUUGUUUUUUAAAUAUUGUGAUACAAUAAAUAUAUUUUAUUUAUAUAA